GGAGUCUUAGUAAAGGGAACAGGUAACUUCUGGUUAUCAUCUUUCACAUAGCAACCUACCAGUGAUAGGUGCUCCAGUACAUCCGGGGGGCAAGAAUGAAGAGAAUCUUGGUUUUCCUGCUUGCUGUAGCGUUUGGACAUGGCCUUGAAAGAGGCCGAGAUUAUGAAAAGGAUAAAGUCUGCAAGGAACUGGCUGCUCUGGGAAAAGAUGACUUCAGAUCCCUGUCACUAGUUCUAUAUAGCAGAAAAUUUUCCAGUGGCACAUUUGAACAGGUCAGCCAGCUGGUGAAAGAAGUCGUCUCCUUGACUGAAGACUGUUGUGCGGAGGGGGCUGACCCUGAUUGCUACGACACUAGGACCUCAGCACUAUCUACCAAAUCCUGUGAAAGUGACUCUCCAUUCCCAGCGCACCCAGGAACUCCUGAAUGCUGUACCAAAGAAGGUCUUGAGCGGAAGCUCUGUAUGGCUGCCCUGAAUCACCAGCCACAGGAAUUUCCUACCUAUGUGGAGCCAACAAAUGAUGAAAUCUGUGAAGCAUUCAGAAAAGAUCCAAAGGGAUUUGCUGACCAGUUUUUGUAUGAAUAUUCCAGUAAUUAUGGACAAGCUCCUCUGCCACUUUUAGUUGGGUACACCAAGAGUUAUCUCUCUAUGGUAGGAUCUUGCUGUACCUCUGCAAGGCCAACAGUAUGCUUUUUGAAAGAGAGACUUCAGAUGAAACAUUUAUCUCUUCUUACCACUAUGUCAAAUAGAGUCUGUUCACAAUAUGCUGCUUAUGGAAAGGAGAAAUCAAGGCUCAGCCAUCUCAUAAAAUUAGCCCAGAAAGUGCCUACUGCUGAUCUGGAGGAUGUUUUGCCACUGGUUGAAGAUGUUACUAAAAUCCUCUCCAAAUGCUGCGAGUCUACUUCUGAGGAUUGCAUGGCCAAAGAGCUGCCUGAACACACAGUAAAAAUAUGUGACAACUUAUCCAUGAAGAAUUCUAAGUUUGAAGAGUGUUGUCAAGAGAAAACACCCAUGGACAUUUUUAUGUGCACUUACUUCAUGCCGGCUGCCCAACCACCCCAACUGCCAGAUGUUGAGUUACCCACAAAUAAAGAUGUGUGUGAUCCUAAAAACACCAAAGUCAUGGCUCAGUAUACAUUUGAACUAAGUAGAAGGACACACAUUCCAGAAGUAUUCCUCAGCAAAAUACUUGAGAUAACCCUGAAAAGUCUUAGUGAAUGCUGUGACUCUCAAGACUCUACUUCCUGCUUUAAGUCUGAGGGCAAUCUACUGAAGAGGAAACUCUCUCUUUUCAUUGAAAGGGGACAAGAAUUGUGUGCCGAUUAUUCUGAAAACACAUUUACUGAGUACAAGAAAAAACUGGCAGAGCGACUAAGAGCAAAAGCACCUGAAGCCACACCCACAGAGCUGGCAGGGCUGGUUGACAAGCAUUCAGACUUUGCCUCCAAGUGCUGUUCCAUAAAUUCACCUCCUCUCUACUGUGACGCACAGAUUGAUGCUGAAAUGAAAGAUAUACUGCAGGCUGACGUGUUUAUCUCAUCUUAGACCUAGAGCUGGAACCAUCCUGGGUGAUAACCUCUGAUGGCCAAACCUAAGCAAACCACCAAGCUCCCAGGAAGAACACGAGGAUACUGCUUUAUCCAACCAUAGUGUCUUCAUACAAAUGAUGAACAUGAUGAUUUGCUAUCAGAAUAAAUUCAAAUAUAAUGCAAACCAAAAA